CGUGCUUUAUUGUUUUAUAGACAGCUGUACCCUGGCAGUUGAAAUGAUAAUACAAGAACCACUUUAAACGGAUUUGGAAGUGAAGUCUGAGGAUCUGAGGAGAUGCACUGCAAGAAUGCGCACCCCCUGCAAAAUAUUAACAACUGUACCGAAUUUGAUUCUUUAAACCAAGCGUAGGUGCUUUGAAAAAUAAAUAUUAAUCUUUGUUAGGAAAGAGGAUGGCUUCAAUUCGCCUGCAAUACCGUGGCAAAAAAGAAAGCCUGACAGAGACAAUGUGUUCGGGAUCUGGGUACUAAAAUGAAUCGUAACAAUAACAAUAAGAUUGUAGAAACUUACUGCAUACAAUGGAAGUAAAGACAAAAGCUAAAAUAAUAUAAGGGAGCUGUUUUUUUGUUUUUUCAUAUGUAUAGUUAAAAUGAAUUAAACAUGGAAUAACGCUGCCCCGGGACUUGAAGGUUGUAAAUGUUUAAAGAUCUCCACUGGGUGCAGCCCGUGGGAAGCGAACUCGCGCCGUUCUUGCAGUUGGGUUUUAAGGCUGUGACCUGUCCAUGGUCCUGAAGCCCGGGAAUGGUCGAGACGCUAAGUAUAGCUGUGAUUGGAGCCCCUAGAGUGGGGAAAACUUCCAUUAUCCGACAGUUUCUUUAUAAUGACUUCACUGAGGGCUACACUACGACCAACUCAAGGUAUGCGUACCGACCCUCAGUGAUUUUGAAUGGUAACAUGUUCGAUUUGAAGAUUAUGGACGUCCCGCCUAUUUCGUCCUUCCCCGUCAGCACCUUCCAGGAGUGGCUGGAUCUGCGUUGCCAUGGAGUCCGGACUGCCAGUGCUUACAUCCUGGUAUAUGACAUCUGCUGCAUGGAGAGUUUUGAGUACAUAAAAAUGAUUCGACAGCAGAUUGUAGACAACAGGGCAGGCAGCAGUGGAGAGGCCCCCAUCCUGGUGGUGGGCAGCAAGCGGGACAUGCAGAGGCAGCGCUUCACCUCACGCAGGGCUGUCUCUUUGCUGGUCAAGAAGACCUGGAAGUGCGGCUACAUCGAGUGCUCAGCCAAGUAUAACUGGCACAUCACCCUGCUCUUCAAAGAGCUGCUGGCCAGUGCUGUAGCACACGGGCUUAAGCAGAACAACUCCUCCGUUCGCCUGCAGGGGGCGCUGCACAGAAACCGCUGCAGCCUCAUGUGACUGAGGGGCGGGAUCUAGCUAGGAGCAAUACAAGAAUUGGAGAAUUCCUUCCAGCAGAUGGAGGAUACUGUCGAAAGAACUUUUGCUGCGUAUGCAGUAUUUAUUUCAGUUGAUAGGAUCUCCCAAUUCCUUAUUUCUGUUGAUAGGAUCUCCCAAUUCCAUGUAUAUUCUUUUCUACUCAAAUUUUGUUUUACAGCAGGAUAGUGUAGCGACCAAAGCUUCUAUAUCCAUUCCAUAUCCUCACUUCCUUCUUUGUUGUUCAGUUCCACUUUUCAUUCCUUGUAACAACUGUGAAACAUGGGUGAAAUUACUGAAUCCUUCACUACAGUAGAGUUUCUAAACCACUUUCUGCAAUCCAUAAACAUAGCUGCUGUAUGGCAUGUGUUUGUGUGAAAUUAUGUGCAUUGAAGUGUGGUUGCUAGUUGAGGCAAUGCAGUAUCUGGGAAAACUGCUGUAUGUUUUAGUUAAAUGCUUCCAUCAUUCAACAGCAGAAACUCAAGCCGCCAAAAAAAAAUCCUAGCUUCACAAUCAAAGGUUUAGCAUAACAUUGACCUGGCCACGAAAAUAUUGCAGUUAGUGGAACAUGGUCCAUAAAUUCUAUGAAUAAAUAUCAUGAACACUAUACUCCCAGUUCAGCGGACUAGCUCAGAUAUGUCUUUUUCAAAGAAAAUGUGCAGGGAUAAAUAUUUGUAGGUAGCGUUUGUGACUUAUUUUGAAUUCUAUGUUAGUUGCGUAUUUGUUCUUGGUAAGUAUUGAACUGAAUAUAUUGUAUUUUAAUGCAUGCACGGACCGUGUAAGGGAUCAAGUCAAAACUCAGAGCUAUCUGUCUUAAACCCAGUACUGCUUAUUAAUAACCUGACCCCUUGCUGCUGCGUCAUUAAAAUGAUUAGCUGCCAGCAGUCAGGCUGAUGUGAAAUCUCCUCUGAACUGGAUAAAGUCCUAGACCUUGAUAGGCACCAAAUAAUCUCAGACUAAUAUUACCUUAGGAAAGUAGUUUAAGAUUAGUGCUUAUCAGGGUCUGUGCACACAGCCACUGAAGACCUCUUUACUGAAUGGAUGUCGAUCUGUGUAGCUCUGAGUAGUUAUUUGGGGUGCAGUGAACUGGUUUGAGCCCAGCUCUUCAAUAAAGUGGCCACAUUCAUUUCUCAUGCAACUUCCCCACUCCUGUUAGUGAAUGAGUACUAUCUUUAGUUUGACCUCUCACUCAACGCUCAUUGUUUAUUGAAAGUACAGUAAUAAUAUUAUUGGAGUAAUAACAUUAGUCACGUAACGCUACAAGUAGCCACAGAAAUGCACUCACUGGAAUGUGGAAAAUAAAUUAGUGCCAGCAUCAUCGAUAAGCUACUGGGCUUUUCAAAACAGUUCAUAUGAACAAUAAAAAUCAGUAUUUUACAGACAACAUUCAGAACUACUGAGAAUGAUUGGAAAAUUGAUAGAAUGUCAUUAUUACUCUUUACUAAUUUUCAGUACAGGUAAGCAAGUCACAGCUGGGUUCUGGGGUCUGAAAAUAUUAAACUUCUGAUCCAUCAAUUCCUUUGUCCCAAUAUUGGUUUUGACUGUGCUUUUUUUCUCCCUUGAAAUGUACAAUGCAAUAUUGUUCUUGUCUGUUUAUUGCAAAAAGUUUCUAUAUAUUCGUUGAACUAAAAGGGCUUCUCUUUUCUAACAGACGAGAUAGUUAUUAAAUAAUAAAAUUGUUGGAAUACUGUGUUUUGCUCUUUUUUCAUUAUUAACAUAGGUUCGAUGGCAUGGUUUGUGAAAGGUUGUGCAGUUUAUGAUAUUUUCUGCACAAAUGUUAAGAUGUUACUGGUACUGUAUAAAACUGUUUGUAAUAAGCUUGUGAUCCCAAAAAUUCUAUAUAUAUAAGUAAAAUGUUUUAGAGCAUUUUACAUCACUGGAGAAUCUCCCUGGAUUACACCAUCUGGUUUAGAUGUAGACCUGAAAUAAAUCAGAUGGUGGCUGGUUAAACCUAGGGAGAGAUUCCCCUAGUGCUGUAAAACGCAGUGGUGGCUAUGACGACUGGAUACAGAAACUAGCACAUUCCACAGCUAGUUCCUUUUUAUAAACAAUCAGAUUAAUUUCAGAUAUGUUAUGGAGUAAUUUAUCAAGAAGGUGUUAUACUGUCCCUUGAGUACAGUGGGUCAUUACAAGGAGUAAAAGAUUCAGCAACAGGGUUGUAUGUUACCACAGGUAAAAAUAGGAAGCAAUGGAAAAAAAAAAUAGAAAACCAACAUAUUUUAUUAAAAUGACAAUGAAAACCAAAAGCAAAUACUGUCUCCGGAAAUGGCUACACUUUCCAUAUUGCUAUUUAUAUAAAGAGACAGAGAGCACAGACAAACUAGUCAGGAUACCAAAACAGAACCAAAUGUUGAAGAGAUAUCAAAACUCUAACAGUCGAAAGGAAGUUCAAUCCAGCAAUUAGAAAAAAAAAAAAAAAAAAAAUCUUAUUUCUCAAAUGCAUAACAACCUGUUGAUCAUUUUUAUACUAUUUUCAAUUAGGACUUUCCUUGACCCAUGUAUCCUGGAGAUGUGGAGCUAUAUUCGAGGAAAGGAAAUCUCCAUAAACAUUCAUGGAUUGCCAUGGUUCUUUCACCCAAGAUGACAGCUGUACAUAUAGUCCCUGAACUCUCAUAAAUGCUAGUGCUUAUUUAACCUCGUUUCACAGCCAGGAGGAGCAGAAUAAAAUCAGGAGAAUUAAGACUUUUUACGCUAAUAAGCGAUAAGAUUUUUUUUUUUUAAAACUCUUUACCCUUUAAAACUUACAUAAUACCUUUAUCAAGAGCCCCAUUACAACUGGGGACCACCGAUAAAACAUUCUGA